AAGGGGCGGGGGCGGCUGCGGGCUGGGCUGCACGGCUCCGCUAGGCUUGGCUCGGCGCGGCUCGGCUCGGCGCGGCUCGGCUCGGUUCGGCUCGGCUCGGUUCGGCUCGGCUCGGCUCGGCUCGGCAGGCAGCGCGGUCCCCGAAGCCGCAGGUAGGGAUGGCGCCCACGGGGACCGAGGCCACCCCAGCCCGCUGGUGAGGUGCCCGCCACCCGCCCCAAGCCCCGAGCCUGAAGCACGAUGAACAAACUGACCUUCCACAACAACAGAGUCAUGCAGGACCGCCGCAGCGUUUGCAUCUUCCUUCCCAACGACGACUCUCUCAACAUCAUCAUCAAUGUGAAGAUUUUGUGCCACGAAUUGCUGGUGCAGGUGUGUGACCUCCUGAGGCUGAAGGACUGUCACCUCUUUGGGCUCAGCGUCAUCCAGAACAAUGAGCACGUGUACAUGGACCUGGCCCAGAAACUCUACAAGUACUGCCCUAAGGAGUGGAAGAAGGAGGCCAGCAAGGUCAGCGGUGAGGUCUUGCAUGGAGAGCUGACGGCAGUAAGGCCACCUCUGUCCCCGUUGCAGGGGAUUGACCAGUUUGGCCCUCCGAUGAUCAUCCACUUCCGAGUGCAGUACUAUGUAGAAAACGGCAGGCUGAUCAGUGACCGGACCGCACGCUACUACUACUACUGGCACCUGCGGAAGCAAGUGCUGCACUCGCAGUGUGUGCUGCGUGAGGAAGCCUAUUUCCUCCUCACUGCCUUUGCCCUCCAAGCCGACCUGGGCGACUUCAAGCGCAACAAGCACUGUGGGAAGUACUUCGAGCCCGAAGCCUAUUUCCCUGCCUGGGUGGUUGCAAAGAGGGGCAAGGACUAUAUCCUGAAGCAUGUCCCAAACAUGCAUAAAGAUCAGUUUGCUCUGACAGCCUCUGAAGCGCACCUCAAGUACAUCAAGGAGGCUGUCCGGCUGGAUGAUGUGGCUGUGCACUACUACAGGUUGUACAAGGACAAAAGGGAGGUUGAGGCCUCCCUGACACUGGGGCUGACAACACGGGGCAUCCAGAUCUUCCAGAACUUGGAUGAAGAAAAGCAGCUGCUCUAUGACUUCCCCUGGACAAACGUUGGAAAGCUGGUGUUUGUGGGCAAGAAGUUUGAGAUCCUGCCGGACGGGCUGCCCUCAGCCAGGAAGCUCAUCUACUACACGGGCUGCCCGCUGCGCUCCCGCCACCUCCUGCAGCUGCUCAGCAGCAGCCACCGGCUCUACAUGAACCUGCAGCCCGUGCUGCGCCAGGUCCGCAAGCUGGAGGAGAAUGAGGAGAAGAAGCAGUACCGUGAGUCGUACAUCAGCGACACCCUCGACCUGGACAUGGAGCAGCUGGAGAAGCGCUCGCGGGCCAGCGGCAGCAGUGCCGGCAGCGUGCGGCACAAGCGCCUGUCCCGGCACUCCACUGCCAGCCAUAGCAGCUCCCACACCUCGGGCAUCGAGACCGACCCCAAGCCCAGGGAGAUGGGGCCCGAGGAUGGCUUCUCGGGCACCGGUGCCCACCGCAAGCUGAAGACCUGCAGCUCCAUGACCAGCCAUGGCAGCUCCCACACCUCUGGGGUGGAGAGCGGUGGGAAGGACCGGCUGGAGGAGGACUCCCAGGAUGAUGAAAUCGAGAUGCUGGUGGAUGACCCCCGGGAGCUGGAGCAGGCUGGUGAGAUGGAGGUGAGCCCUGACAUGUGCGUCUACAUCACGGAGGACAUGCUGCUGUCGCGCAAGUUCAAUGGGCACUCAGGGCUUAUUGUGAAAGAGAUCAGCUCCUCCACCUCCAGCUCCUCAGAGACAGUGGUGAAGCUGCGGGGACAGAGCACUGACUCCUUACCCCAGACAACAUGCAGGAAACCGAAGACAUCAACCGACCGGCACAGCCUGAGCCUGGAUGACAUUCGUCUCUACCAAAAGGACUUCUUACAACUGGCCAACCUCUGCCAGGACACAGCCCAGAGCUACACCUUCGGCUGUGCCCAUGGGCUGGAGGAGGAAGGGCUCUACUGCAACGGCUGCUUGGCCCAGCAGUGCAUCAACAUCCAGGAGACCUUCCCUGUCAAAAGAACCAGCAAAUACUUCUCAUUGGAUCUCACCCAUGAUGAAGUCCCUGAGUUUGUCGUCUGAGCACCACAGGGGGCAGGACCAGCUGCCCUCCCCCUAGGGGGAGGCUGGGGCUCCCUGCCCUGCAUCCAGGCUGUCAGUGUUGCCUUUCCCUCACCCCACACCCCUCCCUGCAAACCGAGGCCGUGGAAACUCGGGGAACACCCCAGCAGUGGGCAGGAUGGAGUCCCCGGGCAUGGCAGAGUCCCACCGGUGGUCCCCCAGCAUCCUUUCUCCUCCGGAUGAGUUUGUGCCAAACACAAGUUGUUUUAUUUCAACUGGGAGAAGCACAACUUGUUUGAGCUUGCAGAAGUCAGCCUGUGUUUUCUCACUGCCUUGUGGCGAGGUGGCCUUUUCUCCUCCUUGCCCCCAUCCUCCGUGCUGCCGGUGGCUCUGGCAGUGGCUUGGUGGCAGCCAAUGCUGGAGAGAAAGUGCCAGACUGUUGUGUUCAAGUCAAGCCAAAGAAAUGUAAAUACCCUAAAGGCCAGUAUAGGGAGGGAGAAUUAAGCAAUAACCAGCCGGGGAUUGAUGAACCAUGGAGGAAGGCAUGGCCAGCAGCAUCAACCAGAGCAUCAACCAGAGUAUCAGCCCAGUUCUUCCAAAACCACGUGCUGGAGGUGAGGCCAGAGUGAUCCCAGCAGGGUGGCUGAGAGCUCUCAAAGCCAUUUGCAGCUUCAUUUUUGUUCUUCUUUUCUCUGAGAAAAAAAAACCAAAACCCAAAACCACCCAUCCAAGAAAGCCAAAAGCAAAGGAGGGUGGAAAAGAAUAGGUCACCUGUAAGGAUAUUGCAAUAAUGCGUCCCAGACUUUGAAUAUAUAGAGAUUACAUAUAUAAAUAUAUCAAGGUAUGUAUGUUUAUAUAUGUCUGGAUCUUAUAGACCCAUUUGCAUUUUACUUCUGCCCUAAAAUACCUUUUAUACAAAGGAUCUGCCUCUCUUCUUUAAUGAACCAUAUAAAUAAUCAUAUUUUUUUCUAAGCACUAAGUGAGAAAAUAGACUUUCAUCUUGAGAAGAAUAUGUAUGCAACCGCGUUGUAAUUGUGGCUCUUCCUGGUGCAGUCUCUGUUGUAUUUUACCAAGGCUUUUCAUGCGUCUUUAAGUUUCUUACAGUUCAAAUAGUUCUGCUAAAGAAUGAUGGUGAUGUGCUAGAAAAACCCAAGGGCGGCUUCUGAGUGUGUCCCAGGGAAGCCAGCCUGCCCAGAUGUAAUAUUUACCAUUGGUACUGGAGGGUGAAGCAUUACAGCAGCUAAUACUCACAGCACAAUGCCUUUUUAGUCAAUAUUUUUAAUUAGAGUUUAGUGAUUGACAGCCAAAGUUUUGCCAUAUUUUGAUAUACCACCUUUUUUUAACUGGAACCUUUUCUUAAAAGAAAAAAAUACUAUUUUAUAAAUGAGCACAAUCUUAUUUUUAUAAAAAAUACUGGGGGAGAGAGCCAAGAAGGGAGAACUAAUACCAAAAGAAACAGAGAGUGGCUGUUGGCACAGUGCAAAACCCCUCAGUGUUACUGUGAUGAGGGAGCUGGUAGGGGAGAGCUUCAGGCACUGUUGGGGCUCUGCACUAUGGGACCGUGGCACGAGCACAGCAUGUCCCGAUCCCAGCACUUGAUCUCACCCAGCACAAGGGAUAUUAUUGGAAAUGAUAGACAGCCAAAUGCUGGCAGAGCAAGCAGGAAGAUGCUGUCCCCCAAAGCUAGUUUUUAUCUCCCCUAAAGCUGCCCAGGGCAACUGGAGGGAUGCUGCAUAGGGGGCUCAGGCCCAUGUGCUUCGUUCUAGUUUUGGGGGGACCCCAGAAAACACCCGAAAAGCCUCAUUUGUGGGUACCACAUCUCAGAGUGGGAUGCUUGCAUUUGGUAGCAGCAGACCCUUGUCCACAGCCAGGUUUGUGAUUGCUGGGUUGUGUGUGUCUGCCAUGCAUGGGCUGGUAUGGUCAGGAAAAUACCCUAAAUUCAUCCCCAGCCUCUUCUUUUCCCCUCUACCAGCCCCUGUGAGGCAGUGGGGCUGCAGCACCCAGGUGGGGGGGUCCUGCUGGCACCCCUCCACCAGCAAGUCUGGGGUGCCCUCCAUGGGACACUCACCCACUGCUCUGCAGAAAUGCGUAGCUGGAGGGACAAAAAGGGUAAAUCGUGUAAAGAAAUGCCCAAUGAUGUUCAGAAAGCAUUGGGGGCAGGGGGGAGCAGCUAAAUCAGGGCUUCUCCAUUUCUUCUCCUACCCCGUUAUCUUACAGGUGAACCUGGAAGAAAGCAGGGUUUGGGGUGCUAAAGAGGGCAGCGAUGGAGCUCACACCUGGGCAAAUGGGAGUGGGGCUGUGCCAGGGAGUAGUGGGGGGAACAUAGAGGUGCCAUUUAUUCCGUGGGUGGCCAGGGUGUCUGCAGGGUCAUGCUGGGAAAUGGGGUGGCAGUGCCUGAGUGCCCUUAGUGCCACUGCCCCUGCAGUAAUGAGCUAUCUGUCUGCACGAACAAAAUAGUCCUUUCUGUGAAAGGAUCUUCCCGUCAGGGUGAUGGGAGAGCCAGUGACUGUGUUGCAAAAGGGAAACACAGGGAAAGCUAUACAAAAACCCCGCAGUGAAAUCAUUUUGUACCAAUGAAGUUUGUUGUGUGCCUUUUGCGGUACGGCUGGAAACGACAAUAAAGUGAAAGUUGUUUGCAUUA